UCCGGUUAAACUGCUAGUUUUCUCUGGAGUCUGGACAGUGCCUAUAUCUGCUACGAACAGUUUUUUUCUGAUUAUCGUGUUGUGCUCCAAGAUGACUCUGGAAGAACUAGAACCUCUUGCUGAGAAGGCUGAGAUUGGAAUAAGAAAUCCUAGUAAGGGGAUCAAGGGAACUGAGGAUCAAAACAAAUCUGAUGCUUUGAGCUCUCUUAUGACAGCUGCAUUGCAGAAGCAUGUGGCGAAAAAGAAGCAAAAGAAGAAGUUGAAAUCAUCAUCAAAAUGUAAGGACAUUCAAGAAGAGGAGGAUGUGCAAAUAUCAGAGAAUGAAAUAGCAGCAACAGACUCUCUUGAAAGAAAUGGUGCAGAGAGACUGACUGAAAGAAAUAACAAAGAAAGAGUAACAGAAAGAAAUGAUGAAGAGAGAGUGACAGAAGUAGUGAAAACAGAAACAGAUGCAGCUUUAGGAAUUACAUUGCAUGGUUGUGAUCGUCUUGGAGCUUCUCCGGUAAUUUUUCCUCACCCUGUAGUCCAGGUCAAUGUUGGUCACACAGCAGGAAUAUGGAAGAGAGAGCUCACCAGAGAACAUCCAUAAUGAUCAUUUAGGUGGAGAAUCAUAUAACAGUCCUGAAAUGAUACCUAAGGGUUCAGUACAGUGGAGUCGAAAGCCAAGUCAGUCCUUCCAAAUUCCAAAUUUGGUUAAGCAUUGCUUACCCCAUGCUGAUGACGGUUGCAUGGUUGUUAAAUUUUCUCAUUCUGGUCUUAGGCUUGCCUGUGGAGCUCAGAGACGGAUUUUAAUUUAUAAUGUAUUAUCAGGGAAAUUAGAACAUGUAUUUGAAGGUCAUUUAGGUUUGAUAUAUGAUUUGUGCUGGAAUGAUGAAGAUCAGCUGUUACUAAGUGCAUCUGGUGACUCAACUGUACGUGUUUGGGAUGUUGAACCUGAAGAAAUCUGUGGCAACAGUCAGAUACUGACUCAUCCUUCCCAUGUUUAUGUUGCCAAGUUUUUCCCUUUUCAGCCACAGUUACUUGUAACUGGUUGUUAUGAUCAUGUGAUAAGAGUGUGGUACUGUGGGUCCUCAGGUAGAUACUUAAUCAUUCAAGAAAUUACAAAUCACCUUUCCUUUGUAAAUGCACUGUGUUUUAAACCUGAAGGGGAUGUUUUGUACUCAGGAGACAAACAAGGUGUGAUGUUUGUGUGGAAUGUUAAAAUAAAUAAAAAAGUAUUGAACAGAAGAAAAACAAGUGUUCUGUCACUACAACAAGAGGUGAAAAUUGUUGACAUAAUGGGAAAAGUUAUAAACUCAAUCUCAUACCAUCCUGCUGGUUAUCGAUUGGUUGUUCACACACGAGAUGGACAAAUAAGGCUUAUUAAUCAUAAACACUGGACUGUAACUCACAGAUUAUCUGGCUUUCUGAAUGUUCGGGAGCAGGUACGUGGAUGUGUCAGUCCUUGUGGUACAUGGAUAGUAUCAGGAAGUGAAGAUCAUGGUGUUUAUGUAUGGCAUAGUGAUUCAGGGGAACUUACAGCGGCUUUCUUGAAUAUGCCAAUAAAAAGAACAAUAUCGUGUGUAGACUUUCAUCCACUGGAUCAUAUGCUGGCAGUAUCCUCUUAUCAUUGUAAAACACCUGUUCUUGUUUUAGUUUACAAUCAAGGUAAAUCACAGCAAAGUGACAUUUUAUUUAAUUCAGUCCAGGCAAAUAAACUUUCUGGUUUAUCAAGCUUAUUUACAGACAGCCAAAACUUAAGUCACAUAGAUUCAGAGAGUUCUGACUCUGCACCUAAUAAUGAAACUGAAGAGGGAGUGCCAAAUGUAUCUUCCAUUGGGCAUUCACGUAAUCUUAAAUCCCCAGAUCCCAGUGGUUCUAAAUCAAAUGACCAUAACAAAAUGACAAUGAAAGUUUUUGCUGAUGGAAAACAGAUGUGGGAAGAUGUUGGUAGCAAGAUUCUUCAAAAUUUAGACAAUGUACUGAAAAUUGCUAGUGAAGGAUCCUCUCUCAGUGAACAAUAUGACUAUCAGUCAUGAAAGAGAAGAUUUACGGCCUCUAGGAAGACUUGCUUCAGUUUUACAUGAUUUUGAAGCCAGAGAACCAGAUGAGCUGUCAGUUAAACAAGGAGAUUAUGUGAUGUUUGUCAAGAAGGAAAGUCAUGAC